GCUGUGGCGACACGACAGCAGCACCUCAAGAGCAAGAGCGUCUCGCCGAAGACCGCGGCCGUCCUACGAGAACUGGCGCCCGCGGGCGGUCCGCUUCCACGGCCGCGCGCUGCCGACCGACCUGAGCACGCUCGACACCAUCCUCGAGGCGUUCGUCACCGAGCUGUACUUCGAGGGCGAGGCCAUCAGCUCGGGCCGCAUGAUGUUGGCCGCGGUGGCCUUCAGCCUCAACCUCAGCUUCGGCGGCAACGGCGUCUUGCCUCGGACCGUGGCUCGCGAUCCUUGCCCCUGGAUCGCCCUUGCUCUCACCGUCGAGCAGCUGGUGAAGCGCGGCGGCGACGGGCUGGCAGCGGCGCGCGCAGCGGUCCUGAUGCAGGACGCCUACUUCCCGCCCUCGGAGGUGCUGAACAUCAGGCGCGCCGACGUCGCCGACGUCGCAGCCCGCGGGCCCCUGGCGAUCACCAUCGCGCCAGCCGUCCCUCGCUCGAAGGACGAGGAGGGAUCUGCGAUGGCGCCGGCCAAGACCGGCAAGUACGACGACGCGGUCCUGGUCCACGACGAGAUCUCGGUGCGGGCCGGCCGCGCGCUGUUCGCCGGCCUGGCGCUCGCGAAGCUCGAGCGGCUCUUCAGCGCCGCAGCGGCCGAGGCCGGCCUGGAGUCCCUGCGGCUGACGCCGCACAUGCUGCGCCGCGGCGGCCCCAUCGAGGACGCGCUGCACAACCACCGCACCUUGGCGCAGAUCCAGGAGCGCGGUCACUGGGAGGCGAAGGCCAGAGUCAAUAACUACGCCAAGCAGGGCCGCGUGCUGCGGCAGGUGCGCAAGCUGUCCGAGCACCAGCAGAAGCACGGCACGGCCCUGCUCCACAAGCUGCCCACGGAGAAGUCGGCAAUCCUCAACGCAUACCUGCAGGCUCGUACUCUGAUGCUCGUGGGAAAUAUUGCUUGGACGGAGGCAAUGGACUUGUUCAUUGAGUAUCUUGGAACCCAGCAGGCUCGUGAGAUCAGUCGCAGCGGCGGUCGUUCGAACGGUGCUCAUCGUCUGGCUUUCCACUCCAGGGCUGGCAUCUUCGAAUCCGUGGGAGGUGAGUACUGGUGGAGAGGACAUCUUCAGUGGUCGGAGAAAGG